AUGCACAGGGGCUAUAGAACCCUGGUGACCUGCGCUGCGGCCGUGGAGCAGCGAGCCGUCAAGCCAGAGAGCGAGGUCCCCGGCAUGUCAGCCUAUUUAGACUCCCUCAGGUGGAACAAUGAUGGUCUGGUGGCCGUGAUCGCCCAGCACGUGGACACCGGGGAGGUGCUGAUGCAGGCAUACUCGGACCGCAACGCGAUAUGCGAGACGCUUCAGACGGGGCUGGCCACCUUUUACAGCCGAAGCCGCCGCGAGCGCUGGUGCAAGGGCGAGACGUCCGGCCAUUUCAUCAAGGUGUCGCGCGUGUUUGCCGACUGUGACAAGGACUCCAUCAUAUACCUCGGCGACCCCAUCGGCCCGGCCUGCCACACCGGCGCAAAGACCUGCUGGUUCAGCGAGGCGCAGGUUGGCGACGACGGCGGCGUCAGCACCUGCGGAAAGCACGAGCACCACGCGGCCCACAGCCCUGCCACCACUCUUUAUGCGCUCGAGCGCACCAUCCAGCAGCGGCGGGACGAGAUGGGGCAGCAGAAAGAGGGCAAGCCCUCCUGGACGGCGCGCCUGCUGGCGGACCCUGUGCUGCUGUGCAAGAAGGUGCGGGAGGAGGCCGGGGAGCUGUGCGAGACGCUGGAGGCGGGGGAGGGCGCGGAGCGCGCGGCCAGCGAGAUGGCGGACCUGCUGUACCACUCCAUGGUGCUGCUGAACCUGCAGGGUGUGCCUAUGGAGGAUGUGAUGCGCGUGCUGCGGCAGCGGUUUGGGACCUCUGGAAUCGAGGAGAAGGCGGCACGGCCACCGAAGCAGUGA